AUGCAAAAACUAACGCUUCUCCUACUUCUCGCCAUCAUCGGCUACACCACAUGCCAGUGGGGACCGGGCGGUUGGGGUGGUGGCCCAGGACGAUGGGGCGGAUGGGGCGGUAAUCGAUGGGGCGGAGGAGGUCCAGGCGGAUGGGGCGGUGAUCGAGGAGGCGGUUGGGGAGGAAACGGCGGUGGUGGUCGUGGUGGAGAUUGGAACGGUGGAGGACGUGGUGGAGAUUGGAACGGUGGCGGUGGAGGCCGUGGUGGCGGCUGGGGAGACAACGGAGGUGGCGGUGGCCGAGGAAAUGGAAACGGUGGCUGGGGAGGAAAUAACGGAGGAGGAAACUGGGGAGGAAAUGGAGGCGGAAAUGAUGGUGGAUGGGGAGGAAAUAAUGGAGGAGGCGGUGGAGGACGAGGAGGUGGCGGACGUGGACCACCAGGAGGAAAUGGAGGUGGUGAUUGGGGAGGCAACAACGGCGGAGGUGGACGUGGCGGAGGUGGUCGAGGAGGCGGUGGUGGCGGACGUGAAUCCACCGGCGAGCGAAUCGCUGAAAAUGUUCUCGGCGCGUUGUUAGGAUAA